AUGUUUCCCAACGUUUCCAACUUUAAAUGUGUCCCUUCAACCCACCCAGGCUUUCGCUUUCACCACAGUGCUGCCGGCUGUGUGUCGGCCUUGGCCGGCCAGUGGUCAGAAUCCGAACGAGCCUUCAAGUCGGAUCAAGCCGUACUAGGGCAUGAUGUGACUACGGUGUAUCCCAGCUCAAUGGUCUUGCAGCUGGCCGGUGGAAAAGAUGGAAACACCAUCCGGAGCCUCGCGGAAACAACAGGAGUGCACUACCUGAAGUUGAACGCCGGCACCCUGACUGGCUACUUGAAGAAAAAGAUGCCAAGAGAGAACCAAAGGGUCUUCUUCAGCGGAAAGGCCACGGGGCAGCAGCUGAACGAGCUUCACCAGAAGUUGGAAGACUUGCUGUCUGAGGUCCACCAAAAGAUGUCGCAAGAGAUCGAAGGAAGCCGUCCCGUGGAGCUACUGGUCAAGGGUUUGCCCGCAGACAUGGGACCACCGGAGCUGGAGGAGCUGGUGGCAGAGUUUGGGGUGAUCGAGAGCAUAGAGCCCUGGGAUCAGCAAUGUUUGGUGACUUUUUCAACGGCGGAUGAGGCCGAGAACGCCAUGCGGGGCCUCAGCAAUGGCGCCAAUGCGCGGGGAGAAAACUUCGAGUGCCAGCUCACAGGUGGAGGUCCCAAGUCUCUCUCAACGGAGUCGCCACAAGAUGCAGCCACCCUACUGGUGACCAACCUCCCGGCGGGGGCUACAACGGAAGAGAUUGAAAGCGUCUUCGCCCGCAUUGGCCAAGCAUCAGUGAGAUUCUCCAGGGAAGGGACUGGAGAAGGUCACUUCUGCUCCGUUCACCUCGGUUCACCCUACCUGGCACAGCUGGCAAAGCGACAGCUGCAAGGCUACACCUUGCGAAAGCACCGUCUCCAUCUCACAGCCAGCGAUGCAACCGGCUGUGCCACUUUGUUCAUCGGCAACCUCUCGUACCAGGCAACUGAGGCGAGUCUGCUGGAUCUCUUUUCAACCGCCGGAUCGGUGGCGGACAUUCGCAUCGUGCGCGAGGGCUCGGAUGGCCAAAGCUGUUUCGGUUUCGUGGACUUUUGCAACCAGUUGGACAGUGCGAAGGCUUUGGAACAGCUCCAAGGGGUAUCUCACAUGGGCAGACCCUUGCGUUUGGACGAAGAGAGGGUAGAACGUGUGCUCAGCCGCUGCCCUCCUAAGCGGGACGGCCCUUGGGAGGCCGCUGGAAUUUUCAGCACAAAAGGUCCAAGGCAUGGGCCUGACCCUCGAAAGCUCUUCGUCGGCAACAUCGGGCCUGAGGCUACUGAUGAGGACUUGUAUGCCACUCUCUACGCCUUAGAUGGCGUCACUGAGGUGUCCAUCCACCGGAACAAGAGCAAACGUGGCGACUUUGCUUUCGUAUGGUUUGCUUCGCCUGAGCAGGCAGAAGCACAGAUGAAGACCCGGAAGACGCGCAACCCCGAGUGCGCCGGGACGAAGCUCCACUUGGAAUGGACGCUGAAGGAACGCAACCAGGAACGCAAGCAGCAGACCAUUUGCAACCUUCCCCCGGACACCACGGCAGAGGAACUACGGAAGAGCCUGGGUGCGGAGGUCGAGGUCGAACUCAGCGAGGGCGGCAGCGCCCAGAUCACGGCUUCCGAGAAGCAGCUGUCCAAGGCAGAGGCCUUGAUCCGCGAGGGCCGCGCGAGGCUUCGUGGCCACGUCUUGCGGAUCGAGCGACGGCGCCCGCAUCUCAUCAUCAAGAACUUGGCCUCGCCGGACGAAGCUAUCCUCCGCGACGCCUGUCAGGAGCUGGGAGAACUGCGUAGAAUGAAGAUGAUCUACAACCAAGAUGGGGAGUUCAAACGUUGUGCCUUCAUCGAGUAUAUGGAUGCCAACCUGGUGGAGGACGCCAGAGAAGCACUGCACAACAGCUCUUUGCUGGGGCAGCGCAUUCGGGUUGAGAGGUAUCGGUCCUUGACUCCGGAGCGUCGUCACGAGCGGCGCGAGCAUGCUGAGCCCAGGAGCCCCAGCUUGCCUCCGCCAAAAAUACCGCGCCAUGUGAUGCUGGGGCCUCCCCCUCCUUUGGCGCCAUAUCCAAUUCCAUGUCGGAGACCGCCAGCGAGGCCCACAAGCACCCCGCAGUCUGGGCCUACCAAACGACCCAGACCAAGUGUGAAGCCCAGCUUGGCCGUUCACUUGGCGGAUGAGGCGGCUCCGGCUCCAAAGGCUCCAAAGGCUCCACGAUUGGCGCAAAAAGUGCAAUUUCUUUUAGCGCCAGGAAGGAUGGUAGGGAACUACACGUUACAGCAUAUCCUCAGCAACCACGUGCUAUGCGGAAAAUGCCACUGA